CCAUGUCAGUUGGAUGCUUUAGUUCUGUCUUCCUGCAUGGAUUAGGAAGCCCUUGUGGUUUCUUGCAGUUCUACAACUCUGUGAAUCUGCUCCAGGUUUCAGUUGCAAUGUGAAAAGAGCCAAACCUCUUCCCAAAUUGCGUUUGACACCUUGGAGAGUUCUUAUCAUGUUCAGACUGAUGCUCAGAUUCUGCUUCUUCAUGGAAGACCCCAAAUAAUAUUAGAGCUGGACAUGCAUAUCCUUUUACUCUCUUUGUUUAAGAUUUCAUCAUAACUUGAAAGGAGCUCUCCAAGGUUCCCAAACCAAUCCCAAAGUGGGUGUGAUGCCUUGAAGAGCUCCUUUCAUGUUCAGACUGACACCCAACCUCUGUCUCUUCAUGGAAGACCCCAAAAUAACAUUGAAGCUGAAGUUGUCAAUCUGCUCUUUCUCCAAGUUUCAGACACAACUUGAAAGGAGCUUUCUAAGGUGCCAAAUCGUAUUGGAUAGCCUCUGCUACUUUUUGGUGGACGCCAAUAUGAUGUUGGAGCAGAAUGUGCCCAUCUACUCUUCUUCUCUAAGUUUCAGUUGCAACUUGAAAGGAGCUCUCCAAGGUGCUGAAACUAGUUCCCAAAUUGAGUGUGACACCUUGGAUAGCUCCUUUCUUGUUCCGCCUCUGCUUCUUAUGGUGGAUCCUGAAAUAGUAUUGGAGCGGAUGUAUCCUUCUACUCCCCUUCCCUAACUGGGCUUUUCUCUCUCUUUUUCCAGGCAUGGUGCAGAAGCUUGACCAAAAGCUACCAGUGGCCAAUGAGUACCUGCUCCUCUCGGGGGGUGUCCGUGAGGGGGUGGUGGACCUGGAUCUGGAUGAACUUAGCAUUUAUGCACGCGGCACUGACUACGAUAUGGACUUCACUCUCCUGGUGCCAGCCCUGAAGCUCCACGACCGGAACCAGCCAGUCACCCUAGACAUGCGCCAUUCGGCCCUGUGCCACUCCUGGCUGAGCUUGCGCCUCUUCGACGAGGGCACCAUCAGCAAGUGGAAGGACUGCUGCACCAUCGUGGACCACAUCAACGGGGCCACCAACUACUUCUUCUCCCCUACCAAAGUGGCUGAAUGGUUUUAUGACUCCAUCAGCAUCGUCCUCUCGGAGAUCCAGAAGAAGCCCCAGCGGGGCAUGCCCAAAGUGGAGAAGGUGGAGAAGAAUGGGACCAUCAUCUCCAUCAUCCUGGGAGUGGGCAGCAGCCGCAUGCUCUACGACAUCGUCCCUGUGGUCUCAUUCAAGGGCUGGCCAGCCGUGGCCCAGAGCUGGCUGAUGGAGAACCACUUCUGGGACGGGAAGAUCACCGAGGAGGAGGUCAUCAGUGGUUUCUACCUGGUGCCCGCCUGCUCCCACAAGGGACGCAAGGACAACGAGUGGCGCCUCUCCUUCGCCCGCAGCGAGGUCCAGCUGAAGAAGUGCAUCUCCGCCAGCCUCAUGCAGGCCUACCAGGCAUGCAAGGCCAUCAUCAUCAAGCUGCUCUCACGGCCCAAGGCCAUCAGCCCCUACCACCUGCGCAGCAUGAUGCUCUGGGCCUGCGACCGGCUGCCGGCCAACUACCUGGCGCAGGAGGACUACGCCGCACAUUUCCUCCUGGGCCUCAUUGACGACCUGCAGCACUGCCUGGUCAACAAGAUGUGUCCCAACUAUUUCAUCCCGCAGUGCAACAUGCUGGAGCACCUCUCCGAGGAGACGGUCAUGCUCCACGCCCGCAAGCUCUCCUCGGUCCGCUCGGACCCGGCCGAGCACCUCCAGACCGCCAUCGAGCACGUCAAGGCUGCCAACCGGCUGACCCUGGAGCUGCAGCGGCGGGGCAGUGCCGGGGGCAUCCCCUCCCCGCAGUCGGACGGAGGUGACGGAGGCGGGCAGCCCGAUGACCGCCUGGCCAAAAAGCUCCAGCAGCUGGUGACGGAGAACCCCGGGAAGUCCAUCUCCGUCUUCAUCAACCCUGACGACGUCACCCGGCCCCACUUCAGGAUCGACGACAAGUUCUUCUGACCCCGGACCCCAUUUCGGACUCAGACAUUUCGGACUGGGCAUCUCCUCUCUUUUUCUCUCUUCUUCCCCCUUUUCUCGCUGUUUCCGCUUUUGGAAAUCACACACAUAUCCCGUUUGGAACGGAUUUGCUGGGAACGGCACACAACCAGUGAGAAGGUUCUCCAGGAUGGAGCAGGAUCGGAGCCUUUUGCUCACGGACCCCUUCCCCCCCGUUUGGGUCUGUCUGCAUUGUGUAAAUGGGGCGGGGAGUUGUCCGGAAGAGGCGCGGACCCCCACUGAGCACAACGGGUCACCCCCAUGAUCCAGAUUUGUAUUACAUUUGCCCCCGGUGCCUUCCAACUUCCAGGGUGGGGCAAUUUCCCCGUGGUUUUUAAAGCAGGGGAGACCCUUUUUUUUGCAAACAAUGAGUGACCCAGAAGUCAAUGUCUCUCCAAGGCUUUUGUGGGCAAAGAACUCCAUUUUGAAAAGGGGGGAUUUGGGGUUCCAAA